GGAGUGCGGCGGAGAAAUGGGGAACCUUGCGAGUGAGCAACUUCAGGAAGUCGUUGUGAAAGGGCGCAGGGGAGAGCUCCGAGGGAGCCGGGCGCUCUGACAAGUGCCUGGGCGGCCGCGCCUGGUGCGUCUCGGCGGGCGGAGCGCAGGCGAGCCCGGGCGAGGCGGGCGAGGCGCGCUGGGCAGAGCGAGCCCCGGCCGGAGGAUCAGGCUUGGCCCGCAAAGCGCGACGCUGAACUCCACAUAACCUGAGGACAAUGGACGCCGAUGAGGGUCAGGACCUGUCGCAAGUUUCAGGGAAGGAGAGCCCCCCAGGGAGCGACGCUCCGGAGGACGGCGAUGAGCCCAUGCCCGUCCCUGAAGACCUGUCCACCACAUCCGGAGGCCAGCAGAGCGCCAAGAGCGAGCGAGGCGUGGCCAGUAAUGUUAAAGUAGAGACUCAGAGUGAUGAAGAGAAUGGGCGUGGCUGUGAAAUGAAUGGGGAAGAAUGUGCGGAGGAUUUACGAAUGCUUGAUGCGGCGGGAGAGAAAAUGAAUGGCUCCCACAGGGACCAAGGCGGCUCGGCUCUGUCGGGAGCUGGCGGCAUCCGACUUCCGAACGGAAAACUAAAGUGUGAUGUCUGUGGGAUCAUUUGCAUCGGGCCCAAUGUGCUCAUGGUCCACAAGAGAAGCCACACGGGCGAGCGGCCCUUCCAGUGCAACCAGUGUGGGGCCUCCUUCACCCAGAAGGGCAACCUGCUGCGCCACAUCAAGCUGCACUCCGGGGAGAAGCCCUUCAAGUGCCACCUGUGCAACUACGCCUGCCGCCGCAGGGACGCGCUCACCGGCCACUUGCGCACGCACUCCGUUGGUAAACCUCACAAAUGUGGAUAUUGUGGCCGAAGCUAUAAGCAGCGAAGCUCUUUAGAGGAACAUAAAGAGCGUUGCCACAACUACUUGGAAAGCAUGGGCCUUCCAGGCACGCUGUACCCAGUCAUCAAAGAAGAAGCUAAUCACAGCGAGACGGCGGAAGACCUGUGCAAGAUGGGGCCGGAGCGGUCCCUCGUGCUGGACAGACUCGCGAGUAACGUCGCCAAACGUAAGAGCUCUAUGCCUCAGAAGUUCCUUGGGGACAAGUGCCUGUCGGACCUGCCCUACGACAGCAGCGCCGGCUACGAGAAGGAGAACGAGAUGAUGACGUCGCACGUGAUGGACCAGGCCAUCAACAACGCCAUCAGCUACCUGGGCGCCGAGUCGCUGCGCCCGCUGGUGCAGACGCCUCCCGGCGGCGCCGAGGCCGUGCCCGCCCUCAGCCCGCUCUUCCCGCUGCACAAGCCGCCGCCGAGCCACGCGGCCCCGGACGGCGCCGUGGACAACUUGCUGCUGCUGUCCAAGGCCAAGGCGGCGGCGGCCGCGGCCGAGCGCGAGGCCUCGCCGAGCAACAGCUGCCAAGACUCGACGGACACGGAGAGCAACACGGAGGAGCAGCGCGGGGGCCUCGUCUACCUGGGCAACCACCUGGCGGCACACGCGCGCAACGGGCUGGGCCUCAAGGAGGAGCCGCGCGCCUACGAGGCGCUGCGCGCGGGCGCCGAGGGCGCGCACGAGGCGCUGCGCGUGCUGGGCACGGGCGGGGAGCCGCUCAAGGCCUACAAGUGCGAACACUGCCGCGUGCUCUUCCUGGACCACGUCAUGUACACCAUCCACAUGGGCUGCCACGGCUUCCGCGACCCCUUCGAGUGCAACAUGUGUGGCCACCACAGCCAGGACAGGUACGAGUUCUCGUCGCACCUGACGCGGGGCGAACACCGCUUCCACCUGAGCUAAGGCCGGCCCAGCCCGCGAGGCUCUGUCCCAGGCCCUGCUUUUCAGAGCCCCGGACGCCUGGAGUUUUAUUGGCUUUUUUCCUUUUUUCUUUUUUUUUUUUCUUUUUCCUUUUUUGGAAACGAGAGUUUUGCAUCAGGAGCACCCAGAACUGCUGCCCUCUGGACAUUUCCGGGGACUGCUGGCCCAAAUUCCCUCACCUGCGGCUUCCUGGACCCCCACCCCCCAAACCGUAUUUGGAGUUUUCAGAGUUCAAUAAACCAGGCCAGGGACUGGGCGGAGUGAGCCCCCCCACCCAGCCCAGCUCCACUUGAGGCCCCUGGCAGCAGUGGGUGGGGCUGGAAGCAGUGGCGUCCCGGGAGCUUGGCAGGUGAGCAGACAGGAGCGGGCGGGCCCCAGCACUGGUGCCAGGGCUGCAGGCCUGUGCUUUGAGAAAGCAAAGAUGGUUUUCAGUCAUGUCCUUUGUACCCUGAAGAUGGGUUGUUGGGGAAGAGCUGAGUGCUGGGCGGCCCUGAGCUGGGGCCGUGAGCUGGGAGAGCCUUUCAGUGGGGCCCCUGGUGACACAGAACCUGCGCCCGUGGGGUGAGUCUGGGGCCUGCUCCUGGCUCGGUUGGCCGAGUGCCCAUCACCGCCCAUGGCUGUCCUGAGAUCUGGAUCUUCGUGCUGUGGCCCCUCAGACAGGAGAAUUCCCAGGCACCAAAGCUGUCUUGCGAAUUCCACACUCACUUGUCCCGUGCUGCCUCCCUUCCUGGCUGGGUUUUGCUGCUCUAGACCCCGUUCUGAGCCGAGCGACCGGCCUGGGCUCCUGGCCUCUGUACAUUUCCCCCCUCCCCUCACUGAUGAGUGCUCUGGUUUGAAAACCUCUUAGGAGGAUGUGUUGGAAGGACCGUUAGCUUCCAGGCCAACACACAACUCAGCUGUUUGAAACUAAACCCCCAGACGUUCUGAGACUCCACGGUGAAGACACAGCAGUGUGUGUGACGUGUGCCCACAGCGUGUGGCCAGCCCGGGCUCCCCAGCUCCCCUGAGCAGUGGGUGACGGCCCUGCCAGCGUGCUGAGCCGUGGACGCACCCGGAGCCCAAGCAGGGGCUUGGAGACUCCUCCCUCAAAAUCAGAGCUGUCAUUAAGGUCACUGCUGUCAGCCCCCCAGUCGAAGAAGAACACACAAGUGUCCGAUGGUCUCGUACUUGUCUUUGCCAAAACCCUGCCGAGGCGGGACAUUGUGCAUUAACAGCUCGGUGUCUCACCUGCCCCGGGGUUCAUGUGUGCAGGGGCCCUGCCCAGGAAAUGCCGCAGCUCCCCGUUAACCCCCCCCCAAACGUCCCUCAGGGCAGACUCACUCCUAGCUGACACCCACUAGGGGGAGUGGGUGUGGCCAGCCCUCCCCAUGGGCGCUGUCCCUGUCGGCAGGAUCUGGCCUGGCAGCUACUCCUCCGCUGAGGUUAUCAACUCCGUAAAUGAAUUACUCCUCGGUCCUCAAAGCCGGGCCUCCCAUCGGUGGAGGGUGCAGUCCAGGAGCUGCUGUUCUCCAGUCGGGUCGAUUUGCUUAUGGAAUGCCGCAGCAUUUCCAAACCGGAAAUAAAGUUGUCAGUGUUGACUGUGGCACAUCAGUGCACUGAGGACAGAAACCCGGCUGCGAGCAGCUGUCACUCAUAUGCAAUCAGAGACACGCCUUACCCAAACGCACAUGUGCAAGGCGGCGCCUCCGCCACCUCCGGCUGGCCGGCACCUUGCACCCCGCUCGCCCCCGCCCACCCCCAGAGGGCCCUGGUGAGGGAUCCUGUCUUCCCUUGGGUCCACAUGGAGCUGAGCCCGGAGCUGCACCUAGUGGCUGCAGGAGCCCUUUUCUACAAUGCUUUGCCCCGUCCUCUCGCUGCCUUUUAUAGCCGAUAUCAAUGUCUAUUUACACACCUUUUGUUGUGGUUUUAUAUGGUAGCAGCAUUUUUCUUUGAAACUAUUGUAUUUAAAGUAAGGUUUCAUAUUAUGUGAACAAGUAAUUAAAUUAUGUUUGAAAGGUGGCCAUACUCUGUACCACAAGUUACUGAGGUUUUGCCUCGAGCUGGUAAAAGUAGGAUUUGCAUGCCCUCACACGUUUCGUUCUGUGGUUUGUUCUGUUGUGUGAUGGAGUGGGCGUGUGUCCGGUGCCGCUGUGUGCUGAGCUGUGCCCCCUGCUUCUCAGACACAGCAGAGACAGGCAGGGUCCCGCCAGCAGGCCGCCCUGCUGAACGCAGCCAGAGACUGUGUUCUGCUGCCUUCUCCGGCGCCGUGGCUGGGCCUGCCUUCCCGCCUCGGCUCCUUCUGCGCUCUGAACCCUAGCGUGUGGGAUCGUCCCUGUGCAGUCACUCACCACCAUUGCAUUCUCACUGCAUUGUCGCCAAAGGUCUGUCCCAGCACCAGCCCCGGACACCAGCGUCUUUCGUUUCCAGUUGAAAGUCACCCCCGUAAUGACAUCUUAGACUGCUUGUGGAGGACAGCCGCUGUGAGGGAGCUGUGGGCGUGUCCGUGUGGGAUCCCCCGCUGCGCUUUUCUCCUUGUUUGGUUUUCAGUGCUUGUGGCACUCGUGUCCUGUCAUUGCCAAGACAAGAGUGAGACGACCUGGACCUGCGCAGCCCUCGCCCUUGGUUCCAGCAGUAAUGAGGUUUAAACUCUGUUCAAACCCCGGCUCUCCCUCACUCGCGUCAAUGCUCCUUUGCUUGAAAGUGAACCAAAAUUAGACUUCCUUACGUUGUACAGACAUCAGAGCAAAGCAGCACGGGUGCUCUCACUGUGAACAGGAGUCACCAGGUACUAAUAUGCAAUAUUGUUCCCAACACUUUCUAAUAUACUUUUCUAUAAUGUCCAGUGUGGUGAUUGCUGAGGUCCGUUCUCUGUGUCCACGGGGACUCUAGGUCUUCACUGCCCUCUGGCAAGCCGGGCCCAGCCCUGUAGCUGAGCCUGCCCCUCUGAGAUGCCAGCCAAUUUCUGCUGAGCUGUGAAAGGGGGUAGCGCCGCGGGAGGAGCGGAGGGUCCUUUUUGUUCACAUUUUAAAGUGCUCCUAAGGGAUAGAACAAGCAAAUGCAGCAAAGAGUCUGCCUGCCCGCCCCAGAGAAGGCCCAGCAGAGCCGGCUGGCACUCCGGGCAGGAGCCCACGCGUCAGGAGCCCAUGCGGGACCCUGGAGACGUGCUGCUGUUCUCGCCCAGCACGGCAGACAGCUGCCUCCCAUCCAGAGCUGUGCUGGGCGUGGGCGGACGACGCCCAGCCCUGGGGCAGAGGGGCAGCGCCAGGCACAUUUCCAGCUCCGUGCAUUCCAGUAGGGAAGGUGCGGUGGCUGCGUGUGGUGGCCGACGCUGGUCCAAUCCCAGUGGGAUCCACAGAGCGCAGGUGCCGCCAGCCCGGGAAGCAGCACCGGCACCUUUCAAACCCGGCCUCGCCAAGGAGGCGUCUGGAAACUCUCGGCCUCCUGCUCAGCGUGCUGCUCUCCAAACAGGCUCUCCACACGUCACGGAAGAGCUAUGCUGGGAAUACCACCGUGGCUUCCAGUGUUUUGUACCCAAAUAAACUUCUUUUAAAUGCGU